AUGUUCAGGUUGUUUGUGAUGAUAGUGCCUAAGAAUUUAAAUGACUCCACCUCCUUCACAACAGAGCUCUUGAUGAAACGGAGAGGAGGAGAGGGAGCAAAAUGUCACCACUGUCAGCACUGUGACAAAUCCUUCACAAGAUCUGGAUAUUUAAAGAUUCAUCAGAGAGUUCACACUGGAGAGAAUCUACACAGCUGUGAUCAAUGUGGGGCUGCUUUCACACAACAGGGUCACCUAAAAAGACAUCAACGCAGUCAUACUGGAGAGAAGCCGUACAGCUGUGAUCAAUGUGGGGCAACAUUCACACAACAGGGUACCCUAAAAAGACAUCAACGCAUUCACACUGGAGAGAAGCUGUACAGCUGUGAUCAAUGUGGGGCAGCUUUCACACGACAGAGUCACCUAAAAAACCAUCAACGCCUUCACACUGGAGAGAAUCUACACAGCUGUGAUCAAUGUGGGGCAGCUUUUAUACUACAGACUCACCUAAAAAACCAUCAACGCAUUCACACUGGAGAGAAGCCGUACAGCUGUGAUCAAUGUGGGGCAGCUUUCACAAUACAGGGUCACCUAAAAAGACAUCAACGCAUUCACACUGGAGAAAAGCCUUACAGCUGUGAUCAAUGUGGGGCAUCUUUCCUACAUCGGAGUACCCUAAAAAACCAUCAACGUAUUCACACUGGACAGAAACCUUACAGCUGUGAUCAAUGUGGGGCCGCUUUCAUACAACAGGUUAACCUUAAAAGACAUCAACGCAUUCACACUGGAGAGAAGCCGUACAGCUGUGAUCAAUGUGGGGCCGCUUUCACACGACAGAGUGACCUAAAAAGACAUCAACGCAUUCACACUGGAGAGAAGCCGUACAGCUGUGAUCAAUGUGGGGCAGCUUUCACACACCAGGGUAACCUAAAAAUACAUCAACGCAGACACACUGGCGAGAAUCUUCACAACUGUGAUCAGUGUGGGGCAGCUUUCACACAACAGGGUACCCUAAAAAGGCAUCAACGCAUUCACACUGGAGAGAAGCCGUACAGCUGUGAUCAAUGUGGGGCAGAUUUCACACGACAGAGUACCCUAAAAAGACAUCAACGCAUUCACACUGGAGAGAAUCUUCACAGCUGUGAUCAAAAAUCUGUUUCCUCCUGCCUCCUCCUCAUGCCCUGAUAGCUGUGUUGUUAUAUUCUGAUCUUCUCUCCACAUUGAAGGCUGACCA